CUUUUUAUAUCAUGGACUAUCAAAAAACUGUAGUAAAAAAGUACGCCAAAGUACAAAACACUAAGAAAACUUCAGAAACAAAAUACUGGAAACGAUUUAGAUCACCUAUUGUCAUCAAAGAAUAUGCCAGUGUUACUUCUAUCAACUUCUCUCCAGUAGCACCUUAUGACUUUGCUGUCACUUCUUCAACUCGUGUGCAGAUCUAUUCUUCCAAAACACAUCAGCCUAAAAAGACUAUUUCUCGGUUUAAAGACACUGCUUAUUCAGGUAGUUUUCGUCAAGACGGUAAGCUUCUUGUUGCUGGUGAUGCUACAGGCCUUGUUCAAAUGUUUGAUGUUGGCUCCCGUGCUAUCUUGAGAUCCUUUCGAAUGCAUGCCAUGCCUGUUCAAGUAACACAGUUCUCUACCAACAAAGCUAAUAUUUUAUCUGCAUCAGACGACAAAACUGUACGUAUUUGGGAUAUUCCAACAGGCGAAAGUGUCAAUGUGUUUGAAGAACAUGAAGAUUAUGUUAGAUCAGGUCUCGUCAGCUUGGAGAAUCCAAAUUUGUUUGUCAGUGGUUCAUAUGAUCAAACAGUCAAAGUAUGGGAUAUGCGACAAAGUGAGAGUGUCAUGACAAUGCAUCAUGGAGCACCUGUUGAAUCUAUCUUGAUGUAUCCUAACGGUGGUGCCAUUAUUUCUUCAGGUGGUCCCACCAUCAAAGUAUGGGAUUUAUUAAGUGGUGGACGUUGUAUGCAUACUUUAAAUAAUCACCAAAAGACAGUGACCAGUAUGUGCUUUGAUGGAUCAGCAUCUCGUCUAGUGACUGGUUCAUUAGAUCAACAUGUCAAGAUAUAUGAUGUACAAGACUACAAGGUAGUCCAUAGCGUAAAGUACCCAGCUCCUAUCUUGAGUGUUGGUCUUUCACCUGACGAUACCCAUCUUGCAGCCGGUAUGGCCAAUGGUCUUUUGUCUAUCCGUCAACGCCAAAUCAAAGCAUCAGAAAAAGCACUCAAGAAACAAAAACAAGACUAUAUCAAGGGUGGUACUUAUAAAUACUUUAUGCGUGGUCAAGCCAACACAGUUGCCAAAGAUGAUUUUGUGGUAGAAUACACAAAGCGACAAAAAUUGAAGAAAUACGAUCAAUUCAUGAAGGUCUUUCAAUAUGCUCAUGCUUUGGAUGAAGUGUUGAAGACAAGCAGUCAAACACCUGUUGUGGUUGCUGCUGUUCUUCAAGAACUCAUUCACCGUGACGGCCUUAAACAAGCCAUUACAGGUCGUGAUGAUGUAUCACUAGAGCCUCUUAUGCGCUUUUUGAUUAGAAAUAUCCAUCAUCCUAGAUUUACAAACCUGUUGGUGGAUGUCUCAGAAACUGUGAUUGACUGUUAUACACGCGUCUUUGGUCAAUCACCACUUAUUGAUGACUUACUAUCACGUUUGACUGUUAAAGUCAAGCAAGAAAUUCAACUUCAAAAAGAUCUUUUAGAGACAAUGGCUACACUUGAUAUGUUGUUUACUAAAUCAAGUGCAGCUAUUACCAGUAAAUAAACGUGUGAAGCAAUUUUCAUGUGAAAAAGCCUUACAAAUAUAAAUCCAC